GUCAGCCCAAACUUAGCCGAGGCCCGACACCUACUAGAUUUCACUCUCGCUCAAGCGCUCAAGCUCUUUAAAACGUGUUGAUCCCAGCUUACAAGUGCUUAGGGCAAACCUUAUUCAUGGUUCGUGAGCACUUUAAGUAAUGCUAGUCAACUUAUGCCGGUUAAGGUUGACUAGGUCUUCCGGGUCUUGUAGUGACCGCGUGAUUCUACCCAUGUCAACUGCAUUCUCUGCGGCCGUUGCACAUGGUCCAGAUACGCACGUUCUUGUCGAUGCUUCGGUUUUGGUGAGCAGGCAAGGGUCACAGGUAUAAAGUCGGCAACACAAUCCCCGGUAUGAAGUACCUCUGUCGAACGCAUUCUCUGUGAUAUGUUCAAGCCGUCCCUUAUCAGUCUCGCAACCUCGGUCCCCAUACUUCAUGCUGAAUUCCCUUAUCUGUCACGGUCGACUCAGAAUUUGUCUACCACGUACCCAAACAUCGGGGCAUGUGUCGGCCUCCCAGUGCAAUAUUCUUGCGAGAACACAACGGUCUUAACGAAUUCAUGCUGCAAUGUCGCACAAGGCGGACUUGUGCUACAGACACAGUAUUGGAAUACCUAUACUGGUCUCGAGUCCCAGGGACAGCUGCUUCCACAAGGCAGUUGGAGCAUUCACGGCCUAUGGCCGGAUAACUGCGACGGCUCGUUCGACCAGUACUGUGACUUUAGCAGGCAGUAUGACCCUGCGCCGUCACCGUCAAUCUUGCCUGAUGGGACGGUUGUUCCUCCUUACCAAGGACCGAGCGUCAGAACAUUCAUCCAGGAUUUCGGUCGUUAUGACUUGCUAAAGUACAUGGAUACCUAUUGGAUCAACCAGGGCGCGCCUAAUGAGGACUUUUGGGCUCAUGAGUUCUCAAAGCACGCUACUUGCACAUCUACGUUCGACGUUGCCUGUUACGAACCUGGAUACCAGGAACACAAGGAAGUUGUGAACUUCUAUGAGACAGUCACAAAGGUCUUCCAGAUGUAUCCUACUUACAACAUACUUGCUGCUGCCGGAAUUGUUCCUUCCAAUACAACAACAUAUACCCUCUCGGAAAUCACGAAUGCCCUUUACUCCCAAACUGGCGCUGUUCCAUAUCUUGGCUGUUAUGGCUCCUCCGGCACUAUUUUGGACGAGGUCUGGUACUUCCACCAUGUGUUGGGCACGGAGCAAUACGGUCAUUUCAAAACCCUCAACUCCACUACUCCGUCGAGCUGCGCAGAGACCGGAAUCUGGUAUUAUGAGCGGACUCCGACAUCCGAGCGGGUUGUUUCUUACUAGGUUAAAGGCAAGACGCACGUUGUCAGCUUGUUCUACAAGGUCACGUAUCCCUUUACAUAAAGUCGCUGUCUACCGUUUUCUGCUCUACAACCGUCGUGCACCAA